AUGGCCAAACCUCGGAAAUUGGCUGUACGGAAGGCAGCCUACAUGUUUGGCACUCGUCCUGCCCCUCUGUCCUUGAUGGAGGAACGCUUCCUGGAUUCUGCAGAAUAUGGCAACAUCCCUGUUGCACGCAAAAUGCUUGAUGAACUGCCUGACCUUAAUGUCAACUGUGUGAACUACAUGGGUCAAAAUGCUUUGCAACUGGCUGUUGCCAAUGAGCAUUUGGAAGUAACAGAGCUACUAUUGAGGAGGGACAAUCUCACUCGCAUUGGGGAUGCACUGCUGCUAGCCAUCAGCAAAGGAUACACACGUAUAGUAGAAGUUAUACUUAGCCACAAUGUCUACACUGAUCCACAAAUACUGACCAGUAGUCCUGGCCAGAGAGAAACACACGAUGAAUUAUUUGCUUACGACGAGGAUGGUACACGUUUCUCUUGUGACAUCACCCCUAUCAUUCUGGCCGCUCAUUGCCUUGAGUUUGAGAUAGUGCACAUACUCCUUACAAAAGGUGCCUGUAUCGAGAGGCCCCAUGACUACUUCUGUAAAUGCAGUACCUGCAGAGAACAUCAGAAACUCGACUCUUUCAGCCAUUCACGCUCAAGAAUCAAUGCUUACAAAGGUCUUGCCAGCCCAGCUUACCUUUCCCUCUCUAGUGAGGAUCCCGUGAUGACAGCUCUGGAGCUAAGCAAUGAGUUGGCAGUCCUGGCCAGCACAGACAUGGAGUUCAAGACUGAUUACAAGAUGCUCUCCAUGCAGUGUAAAGACUUUGUUGUAGGGCUUUUGGAUUUGUGUCGGAACACUGAAGAGGUAGAAGCAAUCUUAAAUGGAGACACCAAAUCAUGUGAAAAAACUGAGUCAAUGGGCAGACCAAGCCUGAUUAGGCUGAAACUUGCAAUUAAAUAUGAUCUAAAAAAGUUUGUGGCUCAUCCGAAUUGUCAACAACAGCUUCUGUCCAUCUGGUAUGAAAACCUGAUGAGCUUGCGGCAGCAGACCACAGCUGUGAAGUCGCUGGUUGUUCUGGGUGUCGCUGUAGGACUGCCUGUCCUGGCCUUGUUUUACUGGAUUGCACCUACAAGCAAGCUUGGGAAAGUCAUGCGAGGACCGUUCCUAAAGUUUGUGGCCCAUGCAGCGUCCUUUACCAUAUUUCUGGGUCUGCUGUUAAUGAAUGCAGCCGACCGGUUUGAGGGGACAACACUGCUUCCAAACAUGACAACUCAUGACCAUCCCUCCCAGCUGUUCCGCAUGAAGACCACCCCAUUCACAUGGAUUGAAAUUGUAAUCAUAGUCUGGGUAAUAGGAAUGAUCUGGGCUGAAUGUAAGGAGAUUUGGUCCCAGGGUCUUCGGGAAUAUCUUUCAGAACUGUGGAAUCUGCUCGAUUUUGGAAUGCUGACCAUUUUUGUGACCUCUUUCAUCACCCGAUUUAUGGCAUUUUGGUGUGCACGUUCAGCCCAGAGCUAUGUUGACAAGCACUACACUGAUUUAUCCAACGUAACAUUGCCCUCAGACAUAGAAUACUACCAACUGGCUCGUAUUAACUGGGUGCCGUCAGAUCCGCAGCUUGUAUCCGAGGGGCUCUAUGCAAUUGCCGUGGUUCUAAGUUUCUCUAGGAUUGCAUAUAUCUUGCCUGCCAACGAAAGCUUUGGGCCUCUGCAGAUUUCACUCGGAAGAACGGUGAAAGAUAUCUUUAAGUUCAUGGUGAUUUUUAUCAUGGUUUUUGUGGCCUUCAUGUUUGGGAUGUUCAAUCUCUACUCCUACUACCUUGGUGCUAAACAAAAUGAUGCAUUUACAACGGUGGAAGAGAGCUUUAAGACUUUGUUUUGGGCCAUAUUUGGCUUGUCAGAGGUGAAAUCAGUGGUCAUUAACAAUGGUCACAAGUUCAUUGAAAACAUUGGCUAUGUUCUGUAUGGAGUGUACAACGUUACCAUGGUGAUUGUUUUACUGAACAUGCUCAUUGCCAUGAUAAACAGCUCUUUCCAAGAAAUUGAGGAUGAUGCUGAUGUGGAGUGGAAGUUUGCGAGGGCAAAACUCUGGCUCUCUUAUUUUGAGGAGCCGGGCACCUUACCUGUUCCCUUUAACCUCAUCCCCAGCCCUAAGUCUAUCCUGGCCUUAGUGUUGGGGCUCCGAGACCUCCUGUUGAUGCCUUUCAACAGGCACAGAUACAGCCUCAGGGAUUACACAGAGAAAACUGAGAUGGCACAAAACAAUCAUUCAAGUGUUGGUGAUUCCCUUUAUCCAAGUCGUCACCAAAGGAUUAUGAACCGUCUGGUUAAGAGAUAUAUCAUACAAACACAGAUUGAUAAAGAUGGUGAUGAAGUGAACGAAGGUGAGCUAAAGGAGAUCAAACAGGACAUCUCCAGCUUGCGCUAUGUGCUUCUUGAAGAGAAGAAUCACAACAUGGAGAGGCUGGCAGAGUUGAUAAGGAGAUUUGGAGAAAAAGUGUCUGCUGACUACGAAUGAAGAGCAUACCGUACCUUUGAGGUCCCGAGUGAAAUAUACAAGUUAUCAUUUGAGGCAAUGAAUGAGGAAGAUCUGUACAUUUUCAUACAUUUCUUCUGACAUACCACUUUGAUGUGUACAUUUUAUAUAUUUUUAGUCCUUUAAGUUAAGAGCAUGAUCUGUUGAGUGAGAAUACCACAAGAUGGCACUGUUUACCACUUAAUUGUCAACAAGAUGUGUCACUUGUUUAGGUGGCUACAUUUUUUUGAAAAUGUGUCAACAUACACAAUUUAUACACACAUAUAUACACAAGCAUAGAAGAAACACUUCUACAAGUCUCCUCAGUUGAUGGUUGUGUUUGUUUUAGUGUGUUUCUACACAAAUACACAUAUAUGCUUUGAUUAAAGAAGAAAAACCAUCUGUCAGCUGAGGAGACCUGUAGAAGUGUUUCUUUCCCAUUUCAGAUACACAUACUGUUAUACAUACACACUACACUGGAUAAUCUGUUGGCCUACACCUACCACCAGACAGCUUGUUGUACCGUUAAUAACAAGCAUCCUUUGCAAUGGCAGUUGUAUGAUGGCUUUCUAAACACCUCAAGGACAUAACUUCCUUACACACUGUACACGGUCAUGUUCCCACACUAUUCUUGAAAUAAGUGUCCCCUCAGAACAGCCUGACCUGAGGUAGAGAAACAGCUUCACCUCCCUCUCCUCCACA